UAAAGUAACUCCAUGAACGGACUGUAGGUGUCACUCAAAUGACCAAUGGAGUCACACGGGACGUCACUUGGAUAAACGCGGAAAAGAGCUUGAACAGUCACAACUUCACAAGAGAAAACACAACAAUUCCAGUCAAAAGAAAACAUGAUUCAAAUCUACCUUGCCUGCCUUUUUAUAUUUUCAAAUGCCGUGUUUGCUAACUGUAUCGGAACACCAAUAAAAACGAAUGAAAGACCAAUAAUCGGUGUUCUUGCCCAGGAAGUGCGUUCCCCGAAGCCUCAUAGAAACUCAUAUAUCGCGGCGUCCUAUGUUAAGUUUCUGGAAUCUGCUGGAGCUCGGGUGGUGCCUGUAAUGAUAAAUAAGUCAGAUGAUGAGUACAGAAGGCUCUUCAAAUUCAUAAAUGGAGUUCUUUUUCCUGGAGGUGGAGUCAGUAUAAAAUCAUCUGGCUAUUCCAAAGCAGCUAACAUUUUCUACAGACUUGCUCUUGAGGCCAAUUCAAAAGGUGAUUAUUUCCCUAUAUGGGGAACUUGUUUAGGAUUUGAAAUGCUCACAUUUCUAACAAGGAGAAAGUCGCUGUUGUCCCGCACCGACACUAGUGGUAUCGCCUUGCCACUGAACUUCACAGACGAUGUUAGAGACAGUAGAAUGUUCAAAGACUUCCCUGUAGACCUCAUGAAAUCGCUGGAAACAGAACCACUCACAGAGAACUCUCAUCAAUGGAGUCUUACUACAGAGAAAUUUACCAAGAGUAAGUCCCUGAAAUGUUUCUACAGAGUUUUAAGUACCAAUACAGAUGGACAAAAGGAGUUUGUGUCCACAAUGGAAGCAUAUAAUUUCCCUAUCUAUGCUACUCAAUGGCAUCCAGAGAAAAAUGCUUUUGAGUGGACCCGGCCUUAUAUUCCCCACACACCUUCAGCCAUUAAGACCUCAUUCUACAUGGCUUACUUUUUUGUGAAUGAAGCAAGGAAAAAUUUUCAUAGCUUUCCUAGUACAGAGGAAGAGGAGAAAGCUUUGAUCUAUAACUACAAACCUGAAUACACUGGAACCCAAAGUGCAUUUGAACAGAAAUAUUAUUUUGAUUAAGAUAAUUCUUUAAAUGUACUUCUGUCUUUAUUAGCAUUUUUAAUUUCUUUUUAUUAUUUCAUUUAACUUUCAAUUUGGAACUUCACAUACAUGAAAAAGAUCAAAUCAAAAUGAAUUAUAAUUUAGAUAAUUUUUUUUUUUUCAAUGUCUCAAAAUUGUAAUCUUCCCAAACAAUACCAAAUAUUGGCAUGAUGAAAUUAUGUAAACAAACGUAUACAAAAAUCUUGCAGAAUUAGUAUUGUUAAUAAAGUGUGCUUGUAAUGUUUCUGAAGAAAACAUAACAUUUCACCAAAAAAAUAAAAAAAAAUAAAA